AUGACAGACGAGCGCUCUCAUGCGCCGUCCGCCGACUCGGUGUGUGUCCAAGUGGCGGCGAGGUGUCCCCGGGACUCAGAGCCAGUCGAAGCGAAGCGAAGCGACACCAGGCCCCGGCCGGGCCAAGCGUCUCGUUCAACCGAAGCCAAACCCCAACCGUCAACAUUCGACAACCGACUCAUUCUACCUCCACUGGCGACAAAGUUCGUGAAAGAACACGUCGUCGACGAUGCCAAUGACCGUUGA